AUGGAAUAUAGUAAUCAGAACGGGACACGCGUGACUGAAUUCAUCCUGAUAGGUUUCCCUAGCCCCCGCGAGGUGGAGAUUUUCCUUUUCAUGCUAUUCUUCAUCAUCCUGGUGGUGGCAAUGAUUGGGAACUCCAUCAUCAUCACCUUAAUAUGCACUGACUACCGCCUGCAGUCACCCAUGUAUUUCUUCCUCUGCAACCUGUCCCUCAUUGAAAUACUCAUGACUAUGACUGUGGUCCCGAAAAUGCUGGAGAACUUCCUAUCGGAGAGGAAGACCAUCUCCUUUUAUGGGUGCCUGGCUCAAUCCUACUUCUAUUUCCUGCUGGGAAUCUCGGAGUAUGUCCUGUUGGCCAUGAUGUCCUAUGAUCGGUAUGUGGCCAUAUGUUACCCACUGAGCUACAGCACCAUCAUGAAUGGAAAGGUCUGCGUCUGGUUGGUGGUGGGGUCAUGGAUGGGGGGAUUCUUCUCUGUCUUGGUCCCUACCGAGAUCAAACUUGGAUUGUCCUACUGUGGCCCCAACAUCAUCAACCAUUUCUUCUGUGACAGCGCCCCCUUGUUGCACCUCGCCUGUGCUGACACCCGGCUGGUGGAAUUCAUUGACUUCAUCAUCUCGCUGCCUGUGUUGCUAGGCUCCCUGCUGCUGACAGUCAUCUCCUAUAUGUAUAUUAUCUGCACCAUCAUCCGGAUCCCAUCUGCCAAGGGCAGGCAGAAAGCUUUCUCCACCUGCGCCUCUCAUUUCACUGUGGUCACCAUCGGCUAUGGCACCUCCAUCUUCAUCUACGUCAGGCCCUCGCAAGCCAGCUCCAUGAACUUCAACAAGGUCGCCUCUCUGAUGACCACUGCAGUGACCCCCAUACUCAACCCACUCAUAUUCAGCCUCAGGAACCAGAAGGUCAAGGAGGCAUUGAGAGACUCAAUUGCCAAGUGCCUGGGGCUCAUCAAACACACAAUCUGA